AUGCAGCUUUUAUUCUCUGUUUUGGCAACCACCACAGCUGUCCAAGCGUAUAGCUUGGGCAGUGCUGGAUGGGAUGCAGCCUAUUCAAAAGCCAAAGUGGCCUUACUCAAGCUCAAUCAGACUGAAAAGAUCGGUAUCGUGACUGGUGUCACUUGGGAAGGCGGACCCUGUGUCGGAAACACAUACGCUGCCGAGUCCAUCGGCUACCCAUCGUUGUGUUUGCAGGAUUCACCACUUGGCGUUAGAUAUGCAAACCCGGUCACGGCGUUCCCAGCUGGUAUUAAUGCCGGUGCAACAUGGGAUCGCAGUCUGAUGUACGCCCGCGGCGCUGCAAUGGGCGCUGAAGCCAAGGGACUAGGUGUCAAUGUUCAACUAGGACCAGUGGCUGGACCCCUUGGAAAGAACCCCGAUGGAGGCAGAAUCUGGGAGGGUUUCUCUGUCGACCCUUAUCUGAGCGGUGUUGCGAUGGAGGAGACGAUUCAAGGCAUGCAGGACUCUGGUGUUCAAGCAUGUGCCAAACACUGGCUUGGAAAUGAGCAAGAGCACAACCGAGAAACCAUCAGCUCGAAUAUCGGCGAUCGUGCGGCGCAUGAGCUAUAUGUAUGGCCGUUCAUGAACGCCGUGAAAGCAAAUGUCGCCUCUGUUAUGUGCUCUUACAACAAGGUCAAUGAGACAUGGGCUUGCGAGAGUGAUGCCAUUUUGAACAAGAUGAUGAAGAAUGAGCUCGGUUUCCGUGGCUAUGUGAUGAGUGACUGGAACGCACAGCAUACUACUGUCAACAGCGCUUUGGCUGGACUUGACAUGACCAUGCCUGGAAGUGACUUCAACUCCCCACCCGGUAGCAUCUUCUGGGGAGCGAGUCUGCAAAAGGCCAUUGCAGCUGGCUCGGUACCUCAGGCCCGUCUGGACAAUAUGGUCACCCGAAUUCUGGCGGCCUGGUAUCUCCUUGAUCAAGAUAAAGGCUACCCCGAGGUGGCUUUCAGCUCUUGGGAUGGCGGCAAUGCCAGCGUCGACGUGACUGAUGAUCACGGCUCUGUUGUUCGAAAGGUUGCCCGUGACUCGAUUAUUCUGUUGAAGAACGAAGGCAAAACCUUGCCCAUCACCAACCCAAAGAGUCUGGCUGUCAUUGGCUCGGAUGCCAUCGUCAACCCAGAUGGACCCAAUGCGUGCUCUGACCGUGGAUGUGAUAAUGGCACGCUGGCCAUGGGUUGGGGUAGUGGUACCGCGCAGUUCCCGUAUCUCGCAGGUCCCCUCCAUGCAAUCCUGCUUCAAUCCCAGAAGACCGCCACCAAGGUCAUUCAGAGCACCACCGAUGAUACCACUGCAGCUGCCAAAGCUGCAGCGGCAGCCGCGACCGCAGUGGUCUUCAUCAACUCCGAUUCCGGCGAAGGCGUCGGACCCGUGAUUCUUGAAACCAUCCUCGCCCAGCCAAACGUCAAGGCAAUUCUUUGGGCCGGCCUUCCAGGCCAAGAGAGUGGAAACGCCUUGGUCGACGUAAUGUACGGUGCCGUUUCUCCCAGUGGAAAGCUACCCUACACGAUCGCCAAGCAGCGUAGCGACUACGGCACCGGCUGGGUAAAUGCCGAGGUUGAUAACUUCGCCGAAGGUCUUUUCAUCGACUAUCGCCAUUUCGACGAGACUGGUCUCGUCCCUCGGUACGAGUUCGGAUUUGGCCUUUCCUACACGACUUUUGCUUAUAGCGCCAUCGGGAUCCGUGUCUCUGCCACUGCUGGCCCGUCAACUGGAACGGUCAUUCCCGGUGGUCCGUCUGAGCUUUUUGAGUCAGUUGGCACUAUCUCAGCGCUCGUUCAUAACAGUGGUUCGGUUACUGGCUCCGAGGUCGCGCAGCUCUACAUUGGUCUUCCGGAUUCUGCUCCGUGGACUCCGCCAAAGCAGUUGCGUGGGUUCCAGAAGCUGAAGCUCGCAGCUGGACAAUCGACUUUGGCUUCCUUUGAGCUUACCCGACGUGACUUGAGUUACUGGAAUGUUGCGAAGCAGGAGUGGGUCGUGCCUAGUGGUACAUUCAAGGUGUAUGUUGGUAGCUCGAGUCGGGAUAUUCGUCUACAGGGUACAUUUACUGUUCAGUGGUGA